AUGUCUACUCCCCGCCGGCCGUCUUUGGUCAAUCGUGCCUUGAGCACACCUCCACCAACUCCCAAUUUGAGCAGCUCUACCGCCAUGAAUACUCCUAUCAAGCAACAGACGUACCAUUCAACAUCACAUCUCACCCCACCGACAUCACCACGAGAUAGCCGACUCUCACCAACCAACACAGACAUUGCCACUUACUCACCCACACCACAAUCUCAAACCCUAUCGACCGAUCAGAAAUUACGACACGGACACCUUGAGCCCCUGCAUACGGACAUCCUCUCCACGACCAGUCGCCAACCACCACCAGCCUCUGAAGCUCUAGAGUGCCCAUUCAAGAUCGAAAUUUUGAAAGACGACCGAGGCCGCGAUGCCUAUUUCGGCUCCGGAGCCUGGAGCAUCGUGCUGAAAGCCACAACACACAAGAAACAACAGAACAGCCCCACAACCCAAUUCGGCCAUGGAGGACUGAGCCGCACUAUCACACCACCGCAUUCACCUAUUCAAACAAAUCCCAUCCUGGUCGCUGUCAAGAAGCCCAACCGUCGCGACGCAACCGAGAUCCUGCGCAGCGAAGCCAAAACCCUGGGCUACUUACAGACCCUCCCAGACAGUGAACGAUUCGUUGUACCCUUCUAUGGCGUGAUCGACCACUCGACACUGGUGCUGGGAGCAAUACCCUACUCCCUGGAAGACCACAUCCGGAAGCGCGCCUCCGAGCAAGCAUCAAACUGGACAUCGACAGAGCCAGUCCUCGGAUCGACGACUUGCUGGCUAGACCUCGCACACAAACUCACCACAGCACUCGCGUGGCUCCACACCGAAGCCGGCGUCGUCCACGGCGACCUCAAACCCGGCAACGUCCUACUAUCACCAGUACCAUCAUCAUCCAACAACCAACCCGACCCCGAAUCCUCAUUCCCCUACGCGCCAAUCCUAACCGACUUCUCGUCAUCCCAACUCCUCCCCACCCCACAAACACCGCACCCACCACUAACACCCAACACGCUCUCGGCCAUAACGCGCGAAUACACGGCGCCGGAACUGCUGUCGUCGAGCGUGCUGCGCGACCCAAGCUCGACAGCCACGCGCGCCACCGACGUCUUCAGCCUCGCCGUGACGCUGCUCGUCGCCGCCACCGGCCAGCUGCUCGUCUAUCCCGGCAGCGUGUUCCAACGGCAGGCUAUGGCGACACAGGGCUGGGGUGUCCUCGGUCUCGUCAGGAAUGGGGAUGGUGGGCUGAGGGUUCCGCGCGGGGGCGUCGUUGAGAGGGUGCUUGAGUCUGCGGUGAGGAGGAGACCCGAGGAGAGGGUUGAUGCUGAGGAGUGUGUGCGUCUUGUGGAGAGGGUUGCUGGGGGUGUUAACGGAGUGGAGGCGGGGAGGUUGUGA